CUCACAAAUAGAUCCAAAAACUUGUAGUGACUAGUGUCCUUGUCACACGUAUACUAAUGUUGAAGUACCCACAAAACUAGACGUUUUCCUCCCUCUUUCGGCAGCGUUCUCCAUAAGCUACACCUACACUUACUUUGCUCUACACUUACCCCUUUUUCACUGCACCAGAAAUCAAUAGCUCUCUUUUAAUGGCGGACUGGGGGCCAGUGCUCAUCGGAGUAGUACUCUUCAUACUGCUGCAACCUGGGCUUCUCUUUCAGAUACCGGGUAAUAACCGUACUCUCGAAUUUGGGAGCAUGAAGACUAAUGGAAAGGCGAUUGCUGUUCAUACUCUUAUUUUCUUUACCUUAUAUGCUAUUCUCAUUCUCGCUGUUCAUGUUCACAUCUAUACUGGCUGAUCCUUUAACACUACUCCAGAUCUUCUCCAAAUCCCCCCUUUAUGCUACUACCAUUUUCACUAAUCCAAGUUGUAAGCCCUUUUUCUUACUCAAGUUAAGAUCUGUUUCUUUGUAAUUUUGUUUUCAAGAGGAAAUAUCAGUGUUGCUCGCGUUAUAUUUA